AUGACGAAACCGUCUGAGGAUGUCUUGAGCGUUGGAUUUGUCGGAAACAGAAACCGACUUAAUGUCGCCCUCAGCCGGGCGCAAAAAGGUCUGAUCAUCAUUGGAAACUUGAGGACCUGGAAUUCUGAAGCGAUAAAGGAGAUAGUUAAAUCCAGCGGCAAGCGGAACAAGUUCCUCUUGGAUCUGCUCAGGGACGUCACUCAGAAGGGUCAUACCCUGACCUGGCACGGCGCACCUACUUCUACUUUUCGCAUGAUCGAGAGAUCCGGCGUCCGUACACGAGAGCAGCGGAUCCGGCUGUUGCAGCCACGGCAGGGGUACAAUCGCAAACGGCCACCCUUUCGGUCCCCAGAGCACGGGUCCCGUUUCCAGGGCGCUUCGUACAGACAAGCGCUUCAGCAGGCGCCGCCAAAGCGACCGCUGCCUUGGUUGUCUGCAGCGCCGCAACAAGAUGAGGGAGUGGCCGCUGACGAAGACGUGGAAAUGGUGGACUUCCAGGACCAAGGGACCCCAUACCCCGGAUCAAAGUCUCGCGAAAUGUCGAGUUCGCCCUCCAACCAUAUCGGGACCAAAUGA